CCAACAUGUAUAAACACUUCCAAGAUCAAAGCCAUUUGUUGUUAGUAGUUGCCAAUUUUGUGGAGAUGGAGAGUGAUGAAUUCGAAAAUGGUGGUUCAUCAGAGCAGCUUGGGCAAGCUCUUGAUCAAACCAUUAAAAGGAUAAUGGAGAAACAUAUUAAACCUAUGGUGUUACCAAUGGUUAUACAACAAGUAAGGUCAAUGGUCAUCACUAUCCUUCAACAAGAGAUAGUGCCGGUUGCUGAGGAUCUAAUUCGUAAAGUAGUACAAGAGGUUCUUAAAGAGCAUGUUGAAGAGAGGCCUUCGAAUGGAGGGACACGGAAUGACUUGCCAGAGGAAAGGAGUUUCCAGCUGAAGUUCUUAUAUGAUAAAGUAUCCAACACUGUGACAGGCGAGGAGCUUAAAGGAAUAAACGACGAAUGCCUGAAGGUGGCUCUGGUUGAUUCAGAUGGGAAUAUCGUGACCUGUGGCAGUGGAUCUGAUGCAACGGUGGAGAUACUACUUCUUGACGUCAAUGAAAAUGGUGGUGAAGAAAACAUGAGUCUUGAAAAUUUCGAAAGACGCAUCAUUCAGACGGGAGAAAAGAAGAAGCCUCACUUUGCUAAAAGUGUCUAUAAAUCUCUCAAGGAGGGCGUUGCAGAUUUGAAUGGUCUCAAACUGGGACAUGACAAAGACCGGAUUAAGAAGUACAGCUGCAGGCUUGGGGCGAGGAUCGUGCAGAACCUUGACAGAACUACAGUGCUAGAGGCAUGGACCGCACCAUUUAUGGUCGUAGAUAAGCAUGACACAUACAAUGACAAAUUUCCCUGUCCAUCUCUUUCUUCUGAGGUUUGGAGAUUGGAGGGAAUCGGCAGGAAUGGCAAACCAUGUGGUCGCCUGAAAAAGGAAAGCAUCAAGACUAUGCAAGAUUUUCUGUUUUGGCUCCAUGUUAAUCCUGAGAAGCUCCAAAAUGAAUUAUUAUGUGCUGGUGAUAGCAACUGGAAUAAGAUAGUCGGUCAUGCUCAGAAAUGCAACAUUGAUUGUAAAAGGAUGUUUUCUCACAAAUCUUUGACCGAACCUCAAACAUGUGUUAUUUACGAUGCUGUGGGGAAACUCAAGGGUGGAAUCAUCGAGUCCCACUUUGUUCCGAUUGAUGAUAUGUCUGCUGAUGAAAAGGUUCGUGCACGUGAGUUACUCAGAUCUGUGUUAGAGGAACCGUCUGCAUUUGUAGAACGAUACUCCUCCUCCUUGGAAGACGAAGAUUCCCUCUUAAAGGAGUUUCCAUACAGAUCAUUGCAGCACAGUGGUCUCACUGUUUCUGAAGAUAUGAAUGGAAAUCAUACUUCAUCGUCUCAGACCAUCAUCGCUGCUAAUAACUUGUAUGCUUCUGGGCCAUCCGAGUCUCUUGGAUCAAUAGAAAUGGGAGAGCUAUCGAACCCUGCAUCUCGUGCCUUUCCACCUGAUCUUGACAUAUCAGAUUAUGAGCCAUUAUGUUUAGAGAACAAUUCAUCAUCAAUAAAUAUGCUGGUCUCCGGAAACGACAAGCAUACAGCCGAGAUGGGUGGAGGGUCGAGCAGCGGACGCUCAAACGCCUCGUUUCAAAGUGCAAGGGGGCAUUGGGUUGACGAGGAGGAGCCCUACUGUCCUGCCCCUCUCUGCCCAGAACCCAUGCUUCCCGACGUCAGCAGUCACAACGUUACUGUCGGACAGUGGUUUGAAGAUGAGCCCAACCGUCCUGGCUCUCUCAGCCCAGACCCCAUGGACCUUUAUGAUGAGGACGUUGACAUUCACAGCGCCCAUGCCCAUGGAGACGAGACGUGUGGGGCUGAUCUGCCAAAGGGGCUGAAGAAAUUGUCCAGGAUAUGGAACUCAUUUAGCAAGUUGAUGACCGGAGACGCCGGUCCUAGCUGCAAGAAGAGGAGAGAUGCUUAACCAUGUAGAUAGCAGCAACUCCCACUUUCAUGCUCACAGAGUUAAGCUUCAUCAUUUAUUUAUUUGUGAUUCAUGUUGUCAUUUGAUUGUGUGUAAAUAUGUGGUCUCCAUCAAAACUUGUCUGUUUAUCUGCUUUGGCAAUCAAUGGAAAUGUUAUCUGUUUUGUGGAUA